AUGGUCCAAGUGUUUGUUGAAAUGGGAAAGAAAAGAGAAGCAGUAGCUGCGUGCGAGAAGCUGACAGCUAACCCAGUAGUUGUUCAUGAUACAAUUCACGAGAAACGUCCUUCCAUUACCCCACACCUUAUCGAAGCCUGUCAUCGCGAGUUGUUGUCGCUUUUGAGUGACGAAGAUCAAAAGCAACUUCAGAAUUGUGAAUUUCCGUUAUCUCCAGCAAAUAUUUUCAAAUUGAAUUACAUGCUUAACGAAUACACCUUUGCACUAAAAUACUACACGAACGAGACGCAAUCACUCGAGAUGAUCGAAAUGUGUAGGACAAUGUUCCGAGUGUUUGUUGAAAUGGGAAAGAAAAGAGAAGCAGUAGCUGCGUGCGAGAAGCUGACAGCUAACCCAGUAGUUGUUCAUGAUGCAAUUGACGGGAAACGUCCUUCCAGUAUCGCAUACCUUAUGGAGGCCUGUCAUCGCAAGUUGUUGUCUCUUUUGAGUGAUGAAGACCAAAAGCAAUUUCAGAAUUGUGAAUUUACGUUAUCUCCAGCAAAUAUUUUCAAAUUGUAUUACAUGCUUAACGAAUACACCUUGGCACUGAAAUACUACACAAACGAGACGCAAUCACCCGACUUGAUCGAAAUGAAAAUUUCAUGCUUGCGCUUAGCUGGAAAUGAGUUAGUGGAAAUGGAUAGAGGAAAUCAAUCACAUUUGUUCUUCACGCAAUUUCUUGCAAUGCUUCAAACUAAAGAGGGAUUUCUGGACAUGCCCUUACAUGUUCAAUGCGCAAUUCUUGCACGAUAUUCUUUUGCAAAUCAAUAUUACAUUUUCCGCUCGUUGGGGUGGAUAAUGACAUGCGAAAGAGGAAGUCUUUAUGGUGCAAUUCAAUGUUAUGAACGAUGCCUUGAACUGGAUGAAGAUUUGACCCUCGACCAAAACCUUGUGGCAACCCUGGCUGACCUUUAUCAAUCAAAAGCGUUAACAGGUGACAUAGAAAACCAAGAUUCUUGCGAAUGGCAGAUGAACCUUGCUCUUAAUUUGUACCAGAAGCUGCUUCAAACGACUGCCGAAUUGACACCAUUUGUAGAAUACUCGUUUGGGUCACUUUUGUUGAAAUUGGAACGUUAUCAUGAAGCUGUUGAACAUUUUGAAAAUGUUAUUAAAAGAGCAGAUGACGAACCUGUUGCCUCAGCUAUGGUAUCUACGGACAUAGACAAACCGUUGGUCGACGUUUACCUUCUUCGCGAAAUUGAAGCUAGAGGCAGUAUUACCAUCCCAGUGAAAGUCCGCGCUUUCUACGAGUUAAUUUUAACGUAUAUGAAAUUGAAUGAAGUGGGAAAAGCCCAAGAAGUUGCGCUUCGAUUGGAGAAUUAUGUUGAACGUUUCAAACGCAUUCCAGAGACUUCCCUGUUUCUGUCUAUUGUAGGAUAUGCCAAUAAACUUAUUGGAAACAAAGAAAAAGCCGCGGAGAUAUUUGUUUCUGUAUUCGAGAUUAUCCCGGGACAUUUAUGCAGCACAAUGGUUCUAGUGUUUGUUGAAAUGGGAAAGAAAAGAGAAGCAGUAGCUGCGUGCGAGAAGCUGACAGCUAACCCAGCAGUUGUUCAUGAUACAAUUCACGAGAAACGUCCUUCCAGUAUCCCAUACCUUGUCGAAGCCUGUCAUCACGAGUUGUUGUCGCUUUUGAGUUAUGAAGACCAAAAACAACUUCAGAAUUGUGAAUUUCCGUUAUCUCCAGCAAAUAUUUUCAAAUUGUAUUACAUGCUUAACCAAUACACCUUGGCACUGAAAUACUACACGAACGAGACGCAAUCACCCGACUUGAUCGAAAUGAAAAUUUCAUGCUUGCGCUUAGCUGGAAAUGAAUUAGUGGAAAUGGAUAGAGGAAAUGAAUCACAUUCAUACUUCACGCAAUUUCUUGCAAUGCUUCAAACUAAAGAGGGAUUUCUGGACAAGCCCUUUCAUGUCCAGUGGGCAAUCCUUGCACGAUAUUCUUUUGCAAAUCAAUAUUACAUUCUCCGCUCGUUAGGAUGGAUAAUGGCAUGCGAAAGAGGGAAUCUUGGUGGUGCAAUUCAGUGUUAUGAACUAUGCCUUAAACUGGAUGAAGAUUUUACGCUUGACCAAAACCUUGUGGCAGUCCUGGCUGAACUUUACAAUGCAAACGACAGAUGA